AUGGAGGUUUUGGUGAUCUCUAAAAAUACCAUCAAGCCAUCUAACCCAACCCCUUCCAACCUAAGACAUUUCCAACUUUCCUUUCUUGAUCAGAUCAACCAUCCAAGAAUUUUGCCUUUGAUUUUUUAUUACCCAUUAGGUUUUGAAGAUAAUUCAAGAGCCACGAACCUCAAAAGGUCUAACCAGCUCAAGAAAUCUCUUGCUGAUGUCUUAACCAAGUUCUAUCCACUAGCUGGUCGAGUCAAAAAAAACCUCUACAUUGAGUGCAAUGAUGAGGGUGUUCUUUACUUAGAAGCCCAAGUCAAUUGCCAACUCUCACAAAUCAUUGGACAACAACCCAUCAAUCCCCAUGUUGAGCUCAACAAGUUGCUUCCAUUUGAUCGACUCAACGAUGCCGGCGAUGUGCUCUUGGCAAUACAAGUCACAGUCUUCAAAUGUGGUGGGAUGGCCAUUGGGAUGUGUUUUUCUCACAAGAUUGCAGAUGGGUUGUCAACCAGUACCUUUGCCAACUCUUGGGCUAGUGCCGCUCGAGCGGGUCAUAGCAAUAUGGUAUGCCCUCGACUUGAUUCGGCCACAUAUUUCCCUCCUAGAGACAUGUCUUGUUAUAAUAUAAAGACCGGCAUGACAGAAGAAAAGAUGGUUUCAAAGAGGUUUCUAUUCAAUGCCUCUGCUAUCUCUACUCUCAAAGACAAGUAUGCAAAUGAAAUACAACCCACUAGGGUUGAGGCACUUUCGGCUUUCGUAUGGAGUAGAUUCGUUGUCGCAACGAGUGAUCAAGUAGAGACACAGGCAGAGGCAGAUGUAGAGGCAGAGACGAGUAUUACGAAACUCUAUAUGUUGAUUCAUGGAUUGGACUUGCGCAUGAGAAUGAAUCCCCCUCUGCCAGAGUCUUAUUUUGGCAAUUUUAGUUGGGAAACAUAUUGCAUUGCGCAUACUGUGCCAUCAAUUGAUCCACAAGCACCAGAGCUACCAUGGCCUCCACCAUUGGCACCGCUCGCGGAACAACACAUGGAUCGUGACGACCUCGGGCUAUUAGCUCUGUCGCAUGCUUAUCUCUAG